CCGAUAUCAGACGAGCGUGGAGCACACGCCGGACCACUAAGCGGGGAGUCCGAUGGUAGCUAUCGCCGUUGAUCUUUGGCCGCCUCAGACGCAUUUUGGCCCGAAACCCUCUGACCGUCGGCGAAGAUGGGUCUCUUCUCCGCUGGAUCUCGCCAUCAGUCCUUGGAAUCGUAGUUUUCAAUGGCGUGGGAGUCGGAGCGGAGUGUGGGUUGUGCCGUUUCGCCCUACUCGAGCAACGGUUUCUACGAGGGCGGAAGGGACUUCUGAUCAGGAACUUAGAUUGGUGCUUGAACUCGCUACGGAUGAGGAACUCUUUGAGCUGGAGAACAUUCUCUAUGGCCCGAGUUACUUUAGCCCGCUGCUAAAAUCAAUUGCUAGCAAACUAGAUGUUGAUUAUACUCUUGAAGAAGCAGAUUACCAACAACGAGAAGAUUACAUAACGCACCUUGAGUCGCGUUUCUUUUUUCUUGCAGCAGAUGCUCGUUCUACAAUAAGGGGUUGGAGGCCAUCAUACAGAAAUGUGUUGUUGGGUGUGAGAAGGAAGCUGAAAGUUUCAUGCUCAAAUAAAUUAUCAACAGAAGACCUGGAAGUUGAAAUUUUUCUUCAUCUAUUGCAGGAAUAUUCAAGUCAGGAAAAUAGUUCAAUAUCUUCUAUCUGGGAAGACGCCAAACUUGCGAAUGGAGGAAGUUUAAGUGUAGGUCUUAGCCAAUGGAAACUACAACUGCUUGCUGUCCUGAAAACUGGGGCAAAGGAAUUCCAGGACGUGAUUUUGAAGGGAGGUGGCAUGUUAACAUUGUCAAGGAUUCUUCAGUUGUUAUCGAGUAGAUUCUCUGGAAAGAUGAUAAUGGAAGCUGCCAACUAUGAGAUAAAGCGUGAAAUUAUUAAAAGGGGUGGACAAAUGGCAGCUAUCAACUUGGAGUCUAGGGCAGCUUUGCUUGCUGCAAGAAAGGGAUUGGCAGGUGCAGCUUCAAAGUAUCUUGGGUUUAGGAGCUUGAUGGUUUUCCUCGGGCCCUUGUUAUGGGGAACAUUUCUGGCUGAUGUUGUGAUUCAAAGUUUGGGCACAGACUAUGCUCGGGUUCUUAGAGCAAUAUAUGCAUUUGCUCAGAUUCGACUUACAAGAACCUAUGGCUGACAGCCUAAUACAAGUGAAUUAGUAAUGAAAUUUGCAGUAUUUUUAUCUUAUUUCUCUGUUCUGCUAUUAUGCCGACACUUAUCUUCUGUGUGCUUAUCUAAUGAUCUAAUGAGAUAAGUGCUUGUGUUCUUA